UCUUGGACACGGCGCUGCGCUCUCGGCGCUCCGCCGCUCUGCUCGUCACCCCGCCCUCCCUCCACCUCAAUCUCCACCACAACCAGCGCCGAAACCGCACAACAGGAGGAGACAGGAUGUUCAGACCGCGUCUUUCACAGUGAUCCCACAUACACCUCUCAUCCAGGAACACCGGCGUCUCUCAGCGAUCAGCCCCAGAGGCGCGUCUCGCUCUUCCGCUCUUCCGCUCGCUUUGCCAGUAGCCCCGCGCCGCGCUGUUCCGCGACGGUCCGGUCCGCUCGCUUUCCCCCCCCCCACCCCCCACCCCCCUCACUUGGAGAACAGUUUAUUCCCUGAAAGCUGGAUGAAUUAUUGGAGAGUUGCGAACAAGUGCGAGAAGAAAGCUGAGGCUCGGGAUCUGCCUCCUCGCUCCGUCCAGGGAAGAGAAGCCGGAGUUGUGGACGAACAUGGAGGGGACGUCCCUGUAUCUUCCUAUUGUCAUUUUACUGAUGCAAUGUUCCCCCUCUUCUCCUGUCACAGUGUCGUCCAACAGACACAAGGUGGAGGUCCGAGAGUUCUCAGAUGCGGUGCUCUCCUGCAUGUUCCACACAGAGCGAGACCAGAACCCGCGCAUCGAGUGGAAGAAGAAGGGGAAAGGUGUUUCUUUUGUCUACUUUGAUGGACAAUUUAAAGGUCCCUUUGAGGGCCGGGCCUCCAUCGAAGGGGCCACGGUGACGCUACAAAGGGUGACCCAGGACGACGCUGGGGAGUACCGUUGUGAGAUCAGUGCUCCUCUGGACUCAGUCAACCUGGGCGAGACCAACGUCACACUCAAAGUCCUGGUUCCUCCACACACGCCGUCCUGUGAAAUCCCAAGCGGGGCGGUGACGGGCUCAGUGGUGCAGCUGCGUUGUAGGGACCAACAGAGCAUUCCACCUGCCACAUACUCCUGGUACAAGGACGGCCAGCAAAUCAGCCCGCCACGACACACCAACGCCACGUAUCUAAUCAAUGCACGCAUAGGAAUACUGGAGUUUAAAUCUGUAGCCAAAGAGGACACCGGUCGAUACAGCUGCCUCGCUUCCAACGGAGUGGGACCGCCAAAGAUGUGCGAGGGGAAGCGCAUGACGAUAGAGGAUGUCAACGUCUCCGCCGUGGUGGCCGCAGUAGUGGUGGUCUGCCUCGUCAUCCUGAUCUGCGGCUGCGGCGGGUACCUCUUACACCGCAACGGAUUCUUCAGCCCAGGACACAGAGGAAGGUCAUUUUGGAUCUCCCAGUGUCACGGUGCGUCUCACAUCAGCAGCCAAACCCUGCACAGAACGGAAGACACGUCCAAUGUCAACUACAUCCCUCCGCCUCAAGAAUCUACGGAUUUCAAACACACGCAGUCAUUCAUGCUCUGAGAAGCCGGCCUUCCUGUGAGAUCACAUCCCCCUCAUGAAAGGUGCCAACACUGGAUACUCUGAUGUCUUUUUCUUGUUCUUCCUGCUCUUGGACUUCCAAUAUUUGCUCUUUUCAAUCUUCCUAUUUUGGGAUCUGUUUUGACAAGCUAAUUUGCAAGGCUUCUUUUUUUUACUCUCUUGCUGUGCCGUGUGGGUCGCCUUUAGUCAUUUUCUGCUCUCAUGGGAUUUAAAUACACUCUGAUGGCCCUCUACUUCCCCCUGGUGGUCAGAUGCGGAAAUUCCAAGUGAUCAUCUGAGGGAGCAGUGGAGCUUUUUACAGACUCUGUUGCCCCCUCUGCAGGCCAAUCUUUGUACUACCUUUGUGUUCUUUGUAUCUUUAUUUUCUUUUUCUUUUUUUUUUUUUACCAAAGACUGAUUCAUGUAAUGGAAUUUAUUUGCUUUGAAAUCAUCACAAGAAAGCCAUGUUUUCAAUCUCAAACAUAAAUGCAGUUUACCUCAGCUUCUGCCACAUGCCAAUGUUUCGUCUUAUGUAACACCGAGGCCCGAGCUUUCCGCAGUGCCACACAUGAUCCGCCACGAUCUUAGUAAUAAUCUGGAACAGACCAAGACAACAGGAAGCCAAUUCUACUGAGACCAAUCCCCCUCCAUCCUAAUGUGCCUGCAUGGUCUUUUUAUAUUAUACAAUAUCAGUAUAUACCUUGUGCCUUUUUAAGUUGUCUGUCAUAUUUAUCUAUGGAUCACAGUUUUUGUAAAGAACUUGCCUUACUUUUUUCUGUCUUUAUAUUUUUGUGCCACUGUUUGUCAUUGUACUGUUUUUUGAUUUUUCAAAAUGGAGUGUCUGCUUUCAAACUGUGUGUGAAUGGAUUGUUCAGAGUUUUAUUUGAAUGGCGUAUCAUUAAUAAAAUGUUUUUAUAUUCAAAUAAC